UUUAGAAAAAGUAUCUCAAUGUUACUGAAAUCCAGAAAUUAUUUUUGCAGACUAUUCAGAAAUUAUUUCCGGAGUGCUAGGUUGAGUCAGGAGGAGGGUUGUGUCUUCUUUAUCCUAACCCAACAGCAGCACACGUUGGAGAGCACACACACCCUUAUUUGUGAGGUUACUAGUACUACACACAGGACCUGCAGUUAAAGGGAUAAUUCACCCAAAAAUGAAAAUUCUGUCAUCAUUUAAUCACCUUUGAGUUGUUCCAAACCUGUAUACAUUUCUUUGUUCUGAUGAACACAGAGAAAGAUAUUUGGAAGAAUGCUUAUAACCAAACAGAUCUUAACUCCCAUUGACUACCACGUGACCCCACUGAACCCCACGGAUCUCAGAUCAGACUCUACGCACACACCGACAUCAGCAGCGCUAGUGUACCGAUCUAACCCCACGGAUCUCAGAUCAGACUCUACGCUAAGGCUGCACGAUUGAUCGUAUUUCGAUCGUGAUAACGAUAAGUGGGACACAUGAUUAAUUAAUUGAAAUCGUCGCGAUAUUAAUGUGUAAGGGACCAAGCACAAAUCAAACAGUCUAAAAUCAGCAAACUGUUUGUUAUUCUCAUUGGCGGAGUAACGGAUGAUAGACUGCGUCACAACUGACGUGACAGCGUUUAGUUUGCGAGCGCGCUCUCUCAUAUUUGUAGAAGCUGGCUUCGCGGGAUUUACAGUUACGUUAGACAGCUUGAAUGAACAUAAUGGCGGAGCAACAAAAGAAAGGUGCAGAAGGACGUUCGUUAGUUCCCCAAAAGGGGUCAUACUCCGCUGUUUGGAACUUUUUCGGGUUCGACGAAUGUGAUGUUGAUCAGGUACGAGUCUUGUGCAAACUGUGCUCCUGUUCCUUCAAAACGUCCCAAGGUAACACAACAAACCUCGUUAACCACCUUAAAAGCCACCACAGAGUACAAUAUCAAGAAUUUCAAAGGCUGAAGACACAACAUGCAAGCACACUAAACACCCAGCCAUCCACGACACAGACAACAAUAAAGGGGACAUUGUUCAACGCAAUACCAUAUUCGCCAUGCUCACAAAGACACAAGGAAAUAACAGAGGCGAUCACGUAUCAUUUAGCCAAGGAUAUGUGUCCAUUAGCCACCGUGAGCAAUGACGGGUUUAAAAAUAUGAUUGCCAUGCUUGACAAAAGAUACAACAUUCCCUCACGCAACCAUUUUACAAAAGUUGCGCUGCCCUCGCUGUAUACGAAAUGCCGACUGGAAAUAGAAAGAGAAAUUCGCAGCAUUGAAUAUUUUGCUUCCACGACCGACUUAUGGUCGAGCAGAACCGCUGAACCGUAUUUGAGUUUGACUGUUCAUUUCAUUGACAGUGAUUUUGCAAUGAAAAGCAAGCUUUUGCAAACUUCGUUUUUCCCACAAGCCCAUACGGGAGAGUUAAUUGCAGCUGGCCUCAAAGAAGCGAUCUCUGCAUGGGGUUUGCUGGAGGAAAGACUUGUGUGCAUUACAACGGACAACGCUGCAAAUAUGAUUAGGGCCGCAUCUGUGAAUAACUGGACGAGGUUACACUGCUUUGGUCAUAGACUGCAUUUAGCUAUCGAGAAUGCCAUGAAGGAUUCAAGAAUGGACCGGGCUGUGGGCCUCUGCAAAAAGUUGGUGAGCACUUUCUCCUACAGCUGGAAGCGUAAGAGGGAGUUUUCAGCAGCACAAAAGGAGCUGAAGCUCCCUGAGCACUCACUGAAAACAGAGUGUCCAACAAGGUGGGGAUCACGUCAGGCCAUGAUAGAGAGAGUCAUCGAGCAGCAGAAGGCCACUGCACAUGUCCUGUCUUCUGACAAGAAGUCUCGACAUCUUAUCCCAACAUGGCAGGACAUGGAUGUGCUAGAGGCGAUCAACAAAUCCCUGCACCCUCUAGUUGAUUUUACAGACGCACUAUUGGGCGAGAAGUAUGUGAGCGUGUCGUUUGUAAAGCCAGUUCUUCAUCUUUUCAACUCAUCAAUCUUGAAAGUUAAGGAUGAUGAUACUGACCUGUCAAGAGCAAUAAAGUCUAAAAUCCUGGAGUACCUAAAUGAAAAAUACAGCAACCCACAUAUCCAGGCUCUGUUGGACAUGGCAUCGACUGUGGAUCCACGUUUUAAGAUGAGCUACGUUGCUGAAGACAACCAAACAUCAAUACAAACCAGACUGAAAGCUGAGAUGCAGAUUGUGGCAAUGAUGGUAAUAAAAAGAGCUGCACUGUGAUUUAUAUAGUGAUUUGAGACUCCUCAAAAUUUGUUAUAAUUGUCUUUUUAUGUGUCUAGGUGCCACCCCGAGAACCACCCCAAGGAAACACUGAGGAGGAGGAGGAUGCUGAAGCUGGAUGCGCUCCAAAGAAAAAGAUGACAUUAGGAAGCUACUUUAAAACCACUGAACAAGCCUUGCCACCUAACAACCAGGACCCCAGUGUAACCUGUGAGCUGCAGUCUUACUUACAGUCAUGCAACCUGGAUAGUGAAGGGGACCCACUAAAAUGGUGGAACGAACAUGAGAAGAUCUACCCAAGGCUUUCAAAAGUGGCAAAGAAAUACUUGUGCAAACCAGCCACAAGCUCUCCUUCAGAUAGGGCUUUUAGUACAGGCGGAAAUGUGGUUACUUGCGGUCUUCCCUAAAGCCCGAUCAAGUUGACAGGCUUGUGUUUUUAGCCAAAAAUCUGUAACAUAUGCAUAAAUGCGCACUGGUAGGCAUAUCAUAGGAGAGUAAAAACAAGAAUUGUUUGUUAUUCACAUUCCAGUUUUAUUUUAUUUUGUAAUUUCCAUUUGACAUGUAAAAGAGGAACAGUUGUAUUUUUACCAGCGUUAAAAAAUCUCUGUUAGAAGCCUCAAUAUUAUGUUCUGACAUCUCUGUUUAUAGCCUAAUGUUUUAUAGCUGUAAAAUGCAAUAAAAAAGUUCUUAACUAAAAGAAUAAUCGUUAUUAUUAAUCGAGAUUAAUUUUUUGAGCAAAAUAAUCGUGAUUAACAUUUUUUCUGUUAUCGUGCAGCCCUACUCUACGCACACACACACACACACACACACACACACAGACAGACAUCAGCAGCUCUAGUGUACCGAUCUAACCCCACUGAUCUCAGAUCAGACUCUACACACACACCGACAUCAG